AUGCCAGUCUUUAACAUAUUCGGCUCCGGCAGCGGCUUGGGCAGUGGAUCCGAUUGUGGAAGUGGCUCUGGAUCAGGUUCAGGCAGUGGCUCUGGAUCACGCAGUGGAUCUGGCAGUGGCUCUGAUUCCAAGUAUGGGUCUGGAUCUGGAUCUGGAUCUGGCAGCGGCAGUAGCAAAAAGAGUAGCUCUUCGAGCAAAAAAGAAGCAGCUCCAGCAAGAACAAGAGCAAGAGCCAAAGCGCUGCCAUUGCCCCUAGCAGUGAUGAUGAUGAUGAUAGCUCGGAUGUCAGCACGGAUACUAGUUCGGAUGGAAGCAGUGGCAGCAAGAAUUCCAAAAGCAAAAAUUCCAAGGAUCGUGAGAAAUCCGGCAAGGGGGAUCCGUUUCUGGUUCCAAAUUGGUUCAAACCUUUGA